AAGAGAACCGUCCAACCGGGGACAAUAGCAGAGGCUUAUUGAUGGAGGUUGGGUGGGGAGACACAUUGAUGGAGGUGGGGAGGAAAGGCUCACUGAUGGAGGUGGAAGGGGAAGGCUCCUUGAUGAAGGUGGUGGGGAGGGAAGGCUCAUUGAUGGAGGUGGGGAGGGAAGGCUAAUUGAUGGAGGUGGAGAAGGAAGGCUCAUUGAUGGAGGUGGGAGGGGAAGGCUCAUUGAUGGAGGUGGGGAGGGAAGGCUCACUGAUGGAGGUGGAGAAGGAAGGCUCAUUGAUGGAGGUGGGGAGGGAAGGCUCACUGAUUGAGCUUGAUCCAAUAGAAGAGCUACUGGAGCUCAAAUUGCUGAAAAAGGUG